AUGGACCUGUUCCGGGAGGAGCGCGUGGAGGUGGAGUUGAACGCGGAUGUCAGUUACGCAUGCGCCCUGAAUGAUAGGUUAUACUUUGGGACGACGGAUGGCCGGGUGGUGAAAUGGCGCAUCGAGAAGGAGCCACAAGGGGAGUUAGCAGUAGGAGGAGCAGCAACAGCGGGAGGAGUGACGCCGCCCAAGGUGCAGGCCCAGCUGGAGGAAGACUACUCCGUGAAGAAGAACCAGAAGGUGGAGAAAAUCAUCCUCGUGGAAAAGGAAUCCCUGAUUAUAAUCCAAAUAAAUGAUGGAGUCUAUUUUGCGAAGGAGUCUCAAAUGCAGAGUUUAACUCUCCUCUGUAAGGACGCUAACAUAUGUACAUUGAAUGAGAAGAGCAAAACUGAUUUAGUGGUAUAUAGCAUGAAAAAGAAGAAAUUGUUUUUUUUUCACUUGGACAAUGGAAGAUAUAAGGCUGAAAAAGAGAUGUCCUUCACUGAAUUCAUAACGUCCUUCCUCUGGAUCAAUGACUCUCUUUUUCUUACAGUCCAAAAGAGCUACUAUCUUCUCCGAUUAAACAAAAAUGAAAAAAUUAUUCUCUACAGCCAUGAGUAUGAACAGGCCUAUAAGUACAUAACCCUAAUUAAUGUGAAUGAGAUUUUUAUCGUCUGCGACUUAAACAUUGGAGUUUUUUACGACGUGGAAACAUCCAUGCCGAGUAGGAAGAAUACGAUUACGUUGGUGGAUAAUGUGAGACAUCUUCUCUCCUUUCGUUUCUUCCUCUGUUGUUUGAGCUCAAAGGGCGUCGUCAACUUUUACAAUGUCACUAAUCAGCAGCAUGUUCAGACGAUAUGCAUGGAGGAGUACGUAGAUCCCCUCGUGAACUAUAGCAAUGUGUGCAGCUCGCUUCUCUGUCCGAUGCUGCUUCUGGAGGGGGAGGGUCUCCUGGAUCAGGGGGACUUCUCUCCUGGAGGAGACCCCGACGAAGGGGUUCGCUAUGAGCAGAACUUGGAUGCAACCCUGACGAAUGUGUACCAUAAUCACCCUCAUCAUCUUCGUCACCAAUAUCAUCCCAGCCAACCAUCUCAACACCGUGGUUCUUCCCCUGAUCAGUAUUAUCCCAGUGGAGCGGAUGACUCCUCCCCAAUGGACUCACCCAAAUUAACAACUCAACCACGCGAUCGCACUGCACCAAACAGCUACAUCUACUUUUUCAGCAAAAGAUCCAUCCACGUCGUGACAUGCCAGGAGUUAUUUGAGUAUCUCCCCAAGUGUAUCCAACAGGGAAAAAUAGACAAAGGGUUCCUCCUUAUAGACAACUACCUCUUUGAGAGUGAUGUGGAAAGAGUCAGCACCCUCAACGAAUAUAAUAAGGCGUGUGCAUAUUACCUUUUCUCUCGAGCCCAAUUUGCCCUAUCCUUUUUGCACUUUCAACAAACCGACGUGAAUCUUCCUUUUUUGCUCUCCUUCUGGGAAAGGUACCUCUCCAGGGGAGGAGGCGAAGAAAAGGGGGAUCACAUCAGAUGUGCUUCUAACCCCAAGAGUGACCCACAAGAAGUGAUCAGUAAACCUUUUAAUGCUUGUUUGCCUCCCCUAUGUAGUGUGGAAGAAAUAAUCGAGCGAAAUUUAUCCCCACAGGGGAAUAAUGAUGGGGGGGGGGAGGUGCUCCCCUCCCAGGACGUGGCUAACUCCACAGAUCGGGUCACAGAUCGGGUCACAGAUCGGGUCGAAGAUCAAAUUAUGGGAGAGACCCCACAGCAACAGGAAGAAGAGAGAGAGAGAGAAAAAAAAAAACUUCUAAAAAUAGCCAACAACUGUUUAAUCAAAUAUUUGGUAAUGAGGAGAAACGAUUUUGUUCUGGAGGAGGGAGGAAUGAUGGGCCUCUACGAAGAGCAACACAGUGUUACUGAGAUGAGUGCACAGGAGGAAGCCACUGACACGGAAAAGCAACCAAACGGGGAAACAACCCAGAUUGGAAGAAGGAACAAUCUACUCACCUGCGUGGACAAUUUACUAAUCAAACUGAUGGUCAUAAACGAAUGGCCUGGAUUUUCUCACUUCCUCAUGAACACGCAGAACUUACACCUGCACAUGGGUGAGUGCAUCCGCUUUUUAAAGAAGCACUCCAAGUUCGUAGAAACAGCGCUCAUGUACAUACGGAUGAAACGAUUUGAAGAGGCCAUCCAGAUGUGCGCCACGUUUCUAUCCGUGUACAAUGGGUGGCUGCGCGCGGGGGAAGCCCAACAGACGGAGGACCCCGGGACGAGCAGUUCAGCCGUGGCCCAUCCCGAUCAGGAAUGGAGCAACUUCUUCCUGAAGCAGAAAUUUACAAAAAAUGUCGAUAAAGGAACAGCCUUACACUCACUGUUAAAAGAAAUGUACAACAUACUCAUGGUGCUAAACGACAGCUUACACAUGAUGGACAUCAAAAAAAGUCAAAUAAAAAAAUUGUUUGAAAAUGCCUUCCCCUUUCUCAUAAGAUUUAACGAAAGCGCAUUUUUUGACUUCAUUGUAUCGAGAAACAUCCUCUUAAAACCGGAGGAAAUUCUAAACAUGUUCAAGAAGAUGGAAAGAGACAAAUUACACAUAAAGGGAAAACACUACAUGCAGAAAUAUAUCACUACUUUUUUAAAACAUGACAAAAUGAAUAAAGAGGUGAACACUAGUUUGGUGGAGUUUUACCUGAACGAUGUGGAAAUACCUGAACAAGUCAGGCAGAAAAAAAUUUUGCGAUUUUUGCGAUCAAGCUAUCCCUUGGAUGUCGCCCACUUGGCUGGGAUGGUGCCUCGCGGGAAGUUCCCCCUCGUGCAGGCGCUGCUCUUUGGCCGGAUGGACCACCACUACGACAGCCUAGUCAUCCUAACGGAGCAGAGCCUGAGCAUAUGCGAGAAGUACUGCCUCUACCACAGCCUCCUGUUCAACGGUGCCGCCAAGAGGAUGAGCAAAGAGGACCACGACAGGCUUCUUGUAAGCCUGUACCACAAUGAGAAGGAGGUUUACCGAGGUUUAUAUGAGCAAAUGAGGAAGGGAACAGAGGAGGAGGAGAAGCAGGACGCACCGAAGGACAGUCACGUGCAGAGGAAGGGGACACGUGCAAACAGAGGACACCAUGCGAGAAGGAGGGAAAAACUGAAUGAUGCAUUCAUCACUGGGAUGAUGAGAAACUAUCACAAGGAGGUCUACAUUGGCAUGGAAAAAGGAGUACUAGCAAAACUGGGAAAUCAAAGGAGACGAGGAAAAAACAGGAACAAUCAGUUCGAUGGAGAGAGUGACGAAGGGACGUCCAACGAAAAAGAGGAAUAUCAUUUUAUGUUGAGUCUAAUGGAGCAAGAAAGGGGAGACUCAAGUGAGGAUCAACUAACCGAGGUGUAUUACGAUGAUGGGGAUGCUAGCUUUGUGAAGGAUGUUGACGGCAGCCCCAAUCUGUCCGCCGAUUCUUGGAGCGACGUGAGCACUGACUCAGGAGUGAGCAGCGACUCAGACGGGAGAACCACCUCAGAUGAGGGAAGCCCCUCCGAUGGGAAAACGUGCUCCAGUGUUGAUGACGAUGUGGUGAUGCAAGGAAAACGGAAAGGGAGGAAGCGAUCCGGAGGGGGCGCAGAUUGGAAUAGGAAGAACCGAGGGGGGGGUCCAAGUAGGAGACCCCACAAGAGGAAGGAAGGUACAGACAGGAGGAGUCUAAUGAGGAAAGAAGAGGAAGCAAAAAAAAAAAAAGAACAACACUUUGCCGGUAGCAAACACAGGAAUUUGGAUGUCGACGUGUUGGACUACUUCGACGUGUACAGAAGCGGAAAGAACCGAUCGUGCGGCUUCUUCUUCCUCCUUGUGAAGGUGUGCCUAGACAAAUAUAAUGACACAAACAUCGAUCAGGAGAAGAAGGAAACCUACAAGAAUUACGUCACGUAUAUUCUGAACAAAUAUUGCCAUCACGGUGACUUUGAAAAUACAUAUAUUCUUGAGAUGAUUCCGGAGGAGUGGUCCCUCUCGCAGAUCCUCCACUUUGUCAGCAUAAACGUAAAGAAGAAGACUAACCUCUACAUGGACUUGCAUCAUUACCACAAUUUGGUGAAGGCUAACUUUUUGAGUGCGUCUUAUGAGCUCAUUGCGGGGAAGGAGCAGCGGCUCCUAGUCAAGUCUAAGCUAAUCUGCCAGGUGUGCAAAGGUCCAAUCACGGAGAAACGUUUCGCCUACUUUUCAGACAAAGUGGUGACCCACAUGCAGUGCUUGGAGAAGUACGACGAGGACGUCCACCGGUGA